AUGCGUAACGUCAGCACUUUUCGCCAGUCGCGGGCCAGCGUCGUGCCAAGCCGGGUCACCAACUGCCGCCGGGAGGUGCGCAUGGCUGUCAGUACUCCUAGCUCAAGCAGGUCCAACUCGAGUGCGGUCAGUGCGCUUUCGAUUACAGCCAGCGCAGCUGCCAGCGCGCUUUUAGCCAAGGUGGCAGCUCUGCUGGCAGCGGGUGCACCCGGGGCGCUUCCCGCCGUGCUGCACAUGUCUUCACCAGCCUGCAAAGGAAGUGAGAAGGAGCAUCAUUGGACGUCGGCUUUUCAGGGUGCCCUCGCCGAAAAGGUGGUUGUAGCCGCUGCUCCCUCGCCAGCCGCGCUCUCCGCCGUGUCCGCUAUCUCAUUACCGGGCGAAUGGCGAAUCAUCUCGUCCGCCGCCGAGUGGUUUGACCUGCACAGCGAGGCCUCCUCAGCUGGUGCACUGCUCGCAACCGUCUUCAUCUCCGACAACGCCGCCGUGGCACAUGCAGCCCUCCUCGAGCGCCUGCACCAAAACUUUGGCACCGGCGUCGACGCACCCGUCCGCCUCGUCUUUGUCCGAAUCAACGAAGGCUACGAGCAGCGUAACCGUGCGGCUGCUGCAGCUUGUGCCGCCUCCGGCACAGCCCCUGCCCUCGUCCGCGGUGCGGCCGACAUCACUCUAUCCCGUGUCGCCCACACCGCCGCCUUACACGGACUUGACGUGGCGCUGACAUCUUUCCUUCCGGAUGGGGUCCGGGCCUUCCCGUCGCUGCUGCUUACGGCAGGCCCGGUGGCGGCUGGGGCUGCAGCUGCCGGCGGCGACACCGCUGCUGCCCCGUGGUCCUGGCUGGCCGCUACUCGUGUCGGCGAGCUCACGCAGCUGGUGUCGGACUGGGCUUUCAUCAUUGACCUCCGCCGCCGCCGCCAGCGCGACCUCGUCCGACAGCAGAUUCGGGCGGAGGAGGGCGUCACGGUGCCGCUGCCGGAGCCUGCCGGCUGGGAUAAGGCCCCCCAGGUCCCUAUGACGGCGAAGGCCGGGUCGCUGCGGCGCAGAGGCGGUUCGCCGGCGGUCCUCAUCUCUGCCUAA